UUGUUUUUCGAUAAAACCACUGAUUUUCAGACAUCAAAAUCCUAUGCUGCAGAAUUAGUCGAAAAAUGUCUUGACCAGUGUUUAGAAUGGCUAGAGGAACCAAUAAGAAACGAGCAAAGACGCUUGGCCUCGGUGCUGCUGGCCAGAGAGCUUGCCAUGUUCACGUCUACAUCAUUUUUUUUACGCGCCAAUGUGUUCUUCAAAAAUAUCUUCACAGUACUUAGGGAUCCUAAGCCGCAAAUUCGAAUCGCCUCAAUCAACGCCCUUCAUGCUGCUUUGACAAUCACUUCACAAAGAGAAGCCAAGUUGAAGACGGAGUGGUACACGAAAUGCUACUCGGAAGCUUUGAAUACAAUGAAGAUCAGUGAGCUGUCAAAAGAUGACCGCACUCAUUCGAUGCUUCUGACAGUUUCUCUAAAGCUUAAGAUCUUCGGAAGGAAAGGUCUUAUUUGCAUGCGUCCUGAUUUGGAAGGAGUCCAAAAGAAUAGUACUGCACUUGUGACACUUGGUCUUUUGAUGCUGCAGAAUCCUGAACGGUACAGAGGCAAUGUUCCGCAAAUGAUGAUGGUCGUAAUGGACAUGCUCAACACAGCUAUUUCCAAAAAACGAUCUCCUGAACAAUCCGUGUUUAUUUUCUUGACACUUUUUGUAAAAGCGUAUAAGGAAUCGGUGAUGAAUGAAAUAAAGCAGCUUCUAUCUUUACUUUUUAAAACAGGUUUAUCCAAAGGUCUUACUUGUGUUAUGCAUGAAGUGGUGCGACAUAUUAAUCAACUGCAAAUGGAUGUCCAAGAUGGGCUCAUGAAGGAAUUGUAUAUGAUUUUAACCGGCUGCGUUUUACCUAGCAAAUUGGAUCCGCCGAAGAAGCCAGUUUUGCCGACUCAUACACUUCAGGUUUCCAAUAUUCCUCUCACGGUGCUGGCACUGGACACAUUAGGUGAAUUCGAAUUCCAACGACACUAUCUCGAGAUGUUUAUGCAAUACAUUUCUGACGUAUAUGAAAAGGUCCAUAGGGAGCAUCGCCAGUGGGUUCUGGCCCUAAUUCAUGGUGUUCUUCGGAGCUUAGUCAGUGCUGGAGUUGUUGAUCCUCAGCUGGAAGUACGCCUUUGUGUCCUCCAAUGUUUCUGUGAAGCUGAUCGUGCUUUUCUAUCCCACCUUGCACAACCUGAAAUGCUUCAAUUGCAGUUCAUGAGUCUACACGAUGAAAAGCUGGAAAUUCAAGAAGCAGCUGUUUGCCUUCUUGGUCGCUUGUCAGAGCUGAAUCCCGCUCUGGUUCUACCUAGAAUGAGACGGGUAUUGUUGGAAACUCUAAGCCAGCUGACGAACAGUGGACAAGCAAAGUCAGUUUUUAAUACUUUACCAUCUCUGUAA